GGAAGCGCCAUGGGCCCCCCCGGGCCCCCCCGGGCCACCUAGACGUGUCCCCAGCGGGUGCCGCCACCCCCUCGGCCACCCCACCCCGAGGGCAGCAGGAUGGCCCAGCAGCGCCACGCCGCGCCCCCCCCGCUCAAGACAGAAGAGGAUUACAUCCCCUACCCCAGCGUGCACGAGGUGCUGGGCCGGGAGGGGCCGUUCCUCAUCCUGCUGCCGCAAUUCGGGGGCUACUGGAUCGAGGGCACCAACCACCAGCUGAGUGGGGCACCCGAGCCCCCCCCCCCCCGGCAGCUGGCAACCCGGGCCAGGCUGGAGGGCAACCACACGGCCAAGAUCUACCGCAAGCACUUCCUGGGCAAGGAGCACUUCAACUACUACUCCCUGGACCCGGCGCUAGGCCACCUUGUCUUCUCCCUCAAGUAUGAUGAGCAGGAGCACCUCCACCUGCUGCUGCGCACCCGCACCCGCACCCUGCACGAUGUGGUGCCCAUCUCCUGCCUGGCCGAGUUCCCCAAUGUGGUGCAGAUGGCCAAGCUGGUGUGCGAGGACGUCAACGUGGAUCGCUUCUACCCCGUGCUCUACCCCAAGGCGUCCCGCCUUAUCCUUGCCUUCGAUGAGCACGUGCUCAGCAACCACUUCAAAUUUGGCGUCAUCUACCAAAAGCUGGGGCAGACCUCCGAGGAGGAGCUCUUCGGCACCACAGAGGAGAGCCCAGCCUUCGCCGAGUUCCUCGACGUCCUGGGCCAGCGGGUGCAGCUGCGUGACUUCAAGGGGUUUCGGGGCGGGCUGGAUGUGACGCACGGGCAGACGGGCAGCGAGUCGGUGUACUGCCACUUCCGCGACAAGGAGAUCAUGUUCCACGUUUCCAAGCUGCCCUACACCAGAGGUGAUGCCCAGCAGCUGCAGCGGAAGCGCCACAUCGGCAACGACAUCGUGGCCGUCGUCUCAGACGAGAACACCCCCUUCGUGCCCGACAUGAUCGCCUCCAACUUCCUGAACGCCUUCGUGGUGGUGCAGCUGGAGCAGGCGGCCCCCAGGGCACCCUCUACAAGGGUCUCGGUCACCGCCCGCGACGACGUGCCCUUCUUCGGCCCGCCGCUGCCUGACCCCGCCAUCUUCAGGAAGGGCCCCGAGUUCCAGGAAUGCCUGCUCACCAAGCUGAUCAAUGCCGACGUAGCCUGCUACAAGGCGGAGAAGUUCGCCAAGCUGGAGGAGCGGACACGGGCGGCGCUGCUGGAGACGCUGCACGAGGAGCUGCAGGCCGCAGCCAGCCAUGCUGGGCUGGGCCCCGACGACGAGCGCCCUGACAACGGCUCCGCCACCCCCGGCUUCUUCGAGUCCUUCAAGUCGCUGCUGGUGCCCGGGAGCCGCCGGGACGCCGCGGCAGCGCCAUCGGCUGGGCUCGGUGGAAGAGGCGCUGCUGGUGCCCGGGAAGCCCGUCCCGGCGGCGGCCCGGCCCGCUCGGCUCCCGCCUCCAGCGCCAUCGGCAUCGAGAGCAUCCAGAGGCGCCGCCCGGCAGGGACGGCCCCGCCGCAACACCGACGCGCCGGCUCCGCGCACAGCUCCCCCGAGAGCCGCCGGCACCCGGACAGGGCGGAGAGGCCGGAGCACUCCGCUGGGACUUCUCCCGCUCGUCCUCCAGCGCCAGCAGCUUCGGCAGCGUGGCCGAGGAGCCGGACGAGCACCCGAGGCCGAGCCGGGCAGGGACAGCCGCUCGCCCUCGGGGCCCCCCGCCAGCGCGACGCCUUCACCGACCCGCCCCUGGCCAGAGGAGCCCCUCGGCACCCCCCCAGGCAGCGCCGCCCGCCACCGCCGAGCCCCCCUGCCCCGAGAUCAAAAUCCAGCUGGAGCGGCCCCCCCGACCCCGUGAGGCUGUGCCCCCCCCCACCUCCUUUUUAA